UCAGAAACAGACGCCUUCCAAUUUCAGCUCUCCCGCCAAUUUCAAACCCUCAAAAACGAAAUGAAAAGCUCCUCCCUUUUCACUUCCCUCCAUAUCUCCAUCAAACAACCCAAACCUGUUCCCUUCUUAUCUUUCAUUUCAAAUCCCAAUUCCCCAAAUCUCAAACUCUCUCAAACAAAUGGAUCCCCACUUCCAUGGCCUACCUCCUCUCAAAAGAUUCAGACUCAUGCAGCAGCAACAGAGCCAGCACCGCCACGACGUCGUUUUGCCCAUUCUUCCGGCGAAGAAGAGAAAGGAGACGAGGGAAAAACCCAUUUUCCCUGACCCAACUCCCGCCACCUUCGCUGUCUCCACCUACUCGUUGCCGGCGAAGAAGAGGGUGUGGGCGCUUCCGCCGGAUUUAGUCCCCGAGAAGCCGGUUUCCGAGUUGGAUUUGAAUCUUGAGUACAAGCCGGAUCUCGGGGAAGAGUUCGAGGCUGCAGUGGGGAAACUUGAAGAAUGCACGGAAGGUGUUUGUGAAAAUGCCUCAGAGAAGAGCCCGGAAGAUUCGGGCGGUGAGGAAGAGUGUGAGGAUGAGGAUGGGAUUUUUUGUGCUGUUUGUAAGAGCACAGAUGGAGAUCCGUCAGAUCCGAUUGUGUUCUGUGAUGGGUGUGAUCUGAUGGUUCAUGCCACCUGCUAUGGCAAUCCCCUUGUGAAGGGUAUUCCAGAGGGGGAUUGGUUCUGCUCGCAAUGCUCCGGUUCUUCUGAGGCUUCACAGUCCAAUGAGUCUUUCUCUUGCUGUCUGUGUCCUGGCAAAGGUGGAGCAAUGAAGCCAACUGGAGAUGGCCGGUGGGCACAUAUUGUGUGCGCGCUUUAUGUUCCUGAGGUGUUCUUUAAGGACCCGGAAGGCCGAGAGGGGAUUGAUUGCUCAAAGGUUCCCAAAAGGAGGUGGAAAGAGAGAUGUUAUGUCUGCAAGAGCGCAAGUGGGUGUGCUAUUCAGUGCUCGGAGAUCAAAUGCCCUUUGGCGUUCCAUGUGACUUGUGGGUUGAACGAGGAUCUUUGCAUAGAGUACAGGGAAGGAAGGAAGGGUGAUAUUGUAGCUGGGUUUUGCAGAACCCACACUGAUUUGUGGGAAAAGCAACAAGAAUCUGGGAAGUUCAAGAUUGUGGCUAGAAAAGACUGAAGCACAUAAGUAGUUUAGAUUGUGAUGGAUUAACUAUAGAUCUUUGUGGGAUGGUAUGCAUGGACCUGCUGCUUAAUGUUUGACAAUUAUUUUUCGUUUUUGUGGAAUUACUGGUUGCUUUAGUUCUUAGAUAUCUGUCAGGUGUUGCCUUGUUACUAGUGUUUUGAACUUCAGAUAUUUUUGGUUCCUGUUGUGAGUUGUGACUUUAGCUUUGAGCUGACCUGAAUGAUACUUCGCUUUUUGUAGUAAGAAUUUGUUCUCCCCAUCAAGUGGGUCCAUUGGUUUUGAUUGCCCCUCCUGUAAUUUAUACUAUUGGAGCAUUGUUUGGAAUGUUUAUAUUCAUGAAAUCAUUAGUGUUGGUCCUGUUGGAUGAUCAACAUUACUGUACCUUAUAAAAUCGAGAAAUGCUUUUGUCAGUAUGAUCCAAUAAA